AUGGUAACACCCAUUGUAUCUCUCUCCUAUUCAGGUCCAUCCAUCCCCAUGAACAUCUCCUGUGUCACUGAGUUUGUCUUCCUGGGUCUCUCCAAUUCCCGUUCCAUCCAGAUAUUUCUCUUUGUCCUGGUUUUCGCCUGUUACACUGUAAUCCUAUUGGGCAACCUCCUCAUUGUGGUGACUGUACAUGCGGAGCCCCGCCUCCUCCAGUCCCCCAUGUACUUCUUCCUGGCUUGUUUAUCCAUUCUUGAUAUUUCUGUGGGUUCCGUGGUUGUCCCCAAGAUGGUAGCAGACCUGGCCAGUUCUGGCCAGACGAUCUCAUUUGGUGGCUGUAUGACACAGAUCUUCUUCCUUCACUUCUCUGGGGGCAGUGAGAUGUUCCUCCUCACCCUCAUGGCCUAUGAUCGCUAUGUGGCCAUCUGCCACCCACUGACAUACACCACCAGAAUGAACCGUCCACGUUGCACUAGGCUCCUCUUACUCUGUUUGGCUGGAGGCAUCAUCCACUCUGCCACUCAGUUUAUCCUGGUUGUCCAACUCCCAUUCUGUGGACCAAAUGAACUUGACAAUUUUUACUGUGAUGUUCCACAGGUGGUGAGACUGGCGUGUGCCAAUACCUACAUCACAGAAAUACUCAUGGCGGCUAAUAGUGGCCUCCUCUCCCUGGUUUGCUUCCUUAUUUUACUACUUUCAUAUGGUGUCAUUCUGGCCACCCUUCGAGGCCACUUCAAGGAGAGUGGAUGGAAGGCUCUGUCUACCUGUAGCUCUCACUUGACUGUAGUCAGCCUCAUUUUUGUGCCCUGCCUCUUUGUAUAUCUUGUACCCUUCUCCAGCUCCAGUGUGGACAAAAUGGCUUCCUUAUUCUUCACCAUUGUCACCCCUGCACUGAAUCCUAUCAUAUAUACACUAAGAAACAGAGAAAUGAAGGAGGCUAUGGGGCGGUGGAAAAAACCACUGCAUUUUCUUCCAUUCUUGUGUAAAAGUAGGUAA